AGAGUCAAAGCUGUUGCCACUAUAUUUCACUGCAAUGGCUUUGGCUUUUACCCUUUCAGGUCUCAAUAUCUCUAUUCAUCAACCUCAACCCCAACCCAUUUCUUGGUGAAAUACCUUGUUGAUUCUUUAGGUUUCUCCAAACAAGAAGCAGCUUCUUCAGCUUCCAAGGUAACUUCAUCUAAAACCUCAAAGAAUCCAGAUUUGGUCCUUGAUUUCUUGAAACAAACAGGUUUAGACAAGGCCCAGAUGAAAGAAAUAGUUUCUAGAGUGCCCAAAUUGCUAUUCUAUGAUGUUUCCAAAACUCUAAAACCCAAAUUCCAGUGCCUUGUGGAUCUCGGGUUAUCCGGGUCGGACCUGGUGAAUGUACCUGGUGAAUGUAAUUGCUAAAGAUACAACAAUUGUUGACCGAGGUUUAGAUACUCAUUUGAGACCUACCAUUGAUUUGCUUAGAAGAACUUUGGGUAGUGAUGAAAAUAUAGUUAAGGCUAUAAAGAGAUUUCCUUGGUUGCUUACUUUUGGUGCUCAUCAUGCUAUGGAGACUAAUCUAUUGUUGUUCAGAGACACUGUUUUUUCUGAUGUGAGAAUAAAAAAAUUUGUGCUUAGAUAUCCUAGAUAUCUUACACAAAAGUCUGGGUGGGUUAAGGAUUUGUUGCAAAGGGUGGAGAACGAUUUUCGAGUUCCACGUGAUUCCCCUUGUUUUCUUCAAGGAUUUGAAGUGUUAUCCUCGCAAAAGAAGUCUACGUUGAAGAGGAAGUUUAGAAUUUUCAAUAGUUUUGGAUGGUCUGAUGAUGAUGUAGUCAAGAUGUUCCGGAAGCUACCUUAUUGUAUUGCCCUCUCAGAAGUUAGAAUUCAGAAAGCGCUGAAUCUUUUCAUGAAGGAGUGUGGUUUUGGAACUGCUUACUUGGUUUCUCAUCCUGCAAUUUUGGCCUAUAGUCUGGAAAAGAGGGUGGUACCUCGGAUGCAAGUCUUGAAAAUUUUGGAUGAAAAGAAGCUUGAGCGGAGGAAGUUGGCUCUUUAUCCUGUUCUGAUGUUAACAGAGUCAAAGUUCAUAGAUUAUUUUGUGCUGCCCUACAAGGAUCAGAUACCUGAUCUUUAUGAACCACUCAAGAAAACGGUGGCUCCUUAACAAUUUUAGUUUACUUUAACAACUAUUGGUGCUAAGACUUUUUAAAAAAAUUGUUUUCAUUUUUGCCGUUUAUAUUUUGAAAUAUAUUGUCAGUGUUGCCAAAAUAAUUUCUAUCAUGAUAAAGCAAAGAUAUCACUGGA